UAAUUUCACAUUUAAUUUAAUCGCUUUUCUCCUAUCACAAAGCUAUUUUAAGUGAUCCCAACUCCAAAGAUCAAUAUUGAUCUUUGAACGACACCCGCGUCUACAAAGCAACCCAUGAUCUAAUUUUCGCACGAAUUGAGACAUCAAGUGACAAGAGCGGACGUCGAAGCAGCCACGCCCGCUCCGUCGGGAUCUUUCCACGCCAUUCGAGGUUUCGGUCACGUGACGAGGAAGCGGCUCUUCCCCUCGAGGGCCGUUCCAUUGCAGCAGGCGGGGGUGUGUGCGCUGCUUGAAGGGGUUUACGCGUCGACGAGACCAUCUCUUAUUACGCAGGGAGCUGAGAGAGAGAGAAAGAGAGACAGAGCGCGCGCGCGCUGGCGCUUGCCUCAAUCCACGCGUCAAACGGCUCGCGCGGGCAGCCCAACGGCCGCGUCACGUGACUGCAGACUUCGACCGGCCGGGAAGCGGAGCGGGUUGCGUGAGCUGAGGGCUGAGCCGCUUUUCCCGUCGUUGUUUCUUCUUUUCCUCGUGGGGCGAAUCCCCCUCGCUUACCUCGCCGAGAGACGCCAUGAGCUGCUUCAGCCGCCUUCGCUGGGCUGCCCUAGGCUGGGCGCUGCUCCUGCUGGUGGUCGCCUCUUGCCUCACGUCCGCGUUGGCCGCGGCCGAAGAGGAGGAAGGUGAGGAGACGGAGCGGGCGGGCGGGCGGCGCAGGGCUUCGGGAGCGAAAAGGCUCCUUGCGUCGCUGCGAAGCCUUGAAAGCGAAGCGGGGGGAACACAGGGGGCCGGAAGGCUGCCAGAUAGCCGCCCUGGCCUUGACGGAGCGGCGCUAGACGGGGCUCGUAGUGCAGCCCCUCCUCGAAGAAAGCAGCCCCGAGGGCGGAGGGAAUGAAGAGAGGGGGGAGGUGGUCUUGUUACGGGUUGCCAAGGGGCGGAGGCGAGGCGGGGGGGGCAGAGCGCACCUCCGGCACCGACCCCCCUUUACUCUUUUGAAGGCAUGCAGACCCCCCCCCGCCAACGUGGAAUUCCCCUCCCCCCCCGCUCCCCACGUGGCAAACAGUUGAUUUCGGUCCGAAAAAGGCCGAGGGGUUGAAAUGGUUAAACAUGGCACGCAGCUGCUGAGGGGCGAACAUGGCCCGCCGCGGCUGCAGUUCAGUUCAAGCAUCGCGGUUCUUCCGCGUCAGGGGCGAUUCUAGCCCUAGUUUAUUGGGGCAGGGGCGGCUUCUGCGUCCCCUUAUCUUCCGAGAGAGGCAUCGGCAGGCGGGAAGAAUGCGGGGAGGCAGGAUUCGCGGUGUUGGGAAGCUUGGGUCGUGGGAAAGGGUCCGCCCACCGCCAGACCUGAGGCUCAGGAGAGUUGCCUUUUCGUCGCUUGUAAGAGAAACGAAACCGUGGGGUGUGGUGGUGGGGAUGAAGGCGGCGAAGGGCCACUGGCAGCUGCCCUGCUCGGUCUGGUUUCGGAUUGUGUUGCCUCCGUGUUCGCUGCGCUCCGCCUCCCCCUCUGAAAAGUUUACGAACAUUCGAGCCGAGACAAUGCAGCAACGUUGCCCUCUCUCUUCGUAUAUUUAUUUAUCCUGUAGUGACGCACGAUCUGUAUAUCAGUUAUGAGUUAACGCAGGGGAUGAAGUGCAAGGAUUUAUUGUUCAAAAGCCCUAAUUCUUUACAGCGUAGGAGCUAUUUUGAGAGAGGUUGCAAGCGUCUAAUCGGCAAUCUGACCUCUAUUUUCAGGGAGAUAACUCAAGUAUUUACUGGUAUUUGUUUUCCUCCUUGCCUUUCUAUCAUCAUGGUUGUUACGAUGGCACCAUCAACUUUCAUGGCACUGGACAGUAUAUAAGAGGUUUUGUCUAAAUUAACAGGAUGAAAGCUAUAAACAGAAAAAAGUACUUUGGUUCUCUUAUUUUAAAGCUGUGUUCAUUCGUUUGUCUUUGCAACUGCACAACUGAUGGAGGCAAGUAAGUUGAGUAAGUUGGGAGAAGGCCUUGAGGGAAAAGAUUUCCACCCUCCAAGGAUUCCCCUGCUGAUGUGUUUUAACAGCUGCUUUUGCCAUGAAUGUCUGUAGAAGCUGCUAUUAGGAUGAAUCUAGAUUUCUUUUAAUCAAUUGCAUUAAAGGUUUUCAACCUAAUAUACCAUAAAAUUCCAAACUAAAGUAAAGAGAAAAAUGAAAGAAUGUAUCAAACAGAAAGAAACUAAAGACAAAAUUAAAGUAAGAUAAUCUUCAUAAAACACAAAAUUAUAAAUAUAUCUAUGUAGCCCUUGGUCACCAUUUUAUCUUAACCUUCACACACACAGAGAGUUGAAUUCUCCCACCUCCCACCCUGAGAAAAGCCAUUCUGACCUGCCUCAUAGAGGCCCUAUCCUCCCUGUCAGCUCCCUGUACAGGAUGAGUCUAGAUUUUUUCUCCCCAAAAAUAAAUUACCUCACUGGAGUUUUCUGAAUUGUUGACAUUCAUUUCUGCUCACUUAUUCACACAUCACAUAGCAUGCAAGCCCAUCUUUUAAAACCCAUUGAAAACGGUUUGACUAGAAUGGACCUGAAGGACAUAGAGCUGAGUUGGCUGAACUGAUGCUAGAUAUGUUGUGCAUACUUCUAACAGAUAAACCCACAUUAUUAUCUAUUAAAUUUGUAUACUGCCCUUCAUCAGAAGGUCAUAGGGGGGUUCACAACAUAAAAAUACAAAAUGAGAACACAAAAUACAUAAUAAAAACAAACCAAUAACUCCCUCCCACAAGCACAUUUCAAAUUCUGUAGAAUGUUUUAUCAGUUGAAAGUGGAUGUUGCUGGUGCUAGUAUCAUUCAGCCUGUUUUGAUUUAACCAAAUGAGAAAAUAAAGUGGAAAUGGAGGAAUGAAAUAGUUUUAUUUACUAAUAUCUACUUUGGGCAUUCAAAGAAGUUAUUCCUACGAAUUUCAUCUUAAACGACCAGUUGCUUAUUUUGAGCUAGAUAACAUUUUAGGAUACUUCAUAUUUGGCGUGUUAGCUUGCAGGUUAAUGCUCUCCUCAUAAAACAGGAGUGGAAAACUUCAAAUAGUUGAUUAUAUGCAGUGCUCUACGAGCUCCUUCCUUGCCCACUAGCAAUAGUUUUCAGAAGAGGGGAAAGGUCAUACUUUAAUUCUCAAAGCAGAUAUCUCAUUGCAGUAGUUUACAUAUUCCUUGGCACUGGUGGGGCUUCAAUUGGAGUAUGAAAUUAAAACUAGAAUUGUUUCCCGAACAUGGCACACAAACUCAUUUCAAUAUAUGUGCUUAAUGGAAUUAAAGCGAAGCUGACCAAGCCUAUUCCUAGGAAGUAGGAGGGAAGAUUUGUAAGACAUAGCUACCAGGGCAGUCAGCAUUGACCAGGGCUCCUUUCUGUGCCUACACACAGUGACUGAAACCUAUUUGUAGCUAUGUGCAAAGGCCUGAAGGCAGUUUGUGUUAUUAUUUCUUUUAUGAAUUGCUUUCCAUAAAAAUCUCAAAGAGGAAAGCAAUUUCAGGUCUGGUACAAAUGGCAGAGUGUAGUAUUUUAGGCACCGAUAAGCUAAAAUAAUAGGUCUAAUACAGCAUGCAUAACAAUCUUUGGAAUUUAGGACUUAGCAUCACUGUCAUUGUGAAAGGUCUAUAAUAUAGCAUCUCGGAACUGCUCCAUUUGACAAAGGACACUUGCAAGCAAGAGGUAGUGAGGCCAGAAGUAGCCUCCGUUUAUUGGUGCUGUUGCAGACUACCACCACCAACACAUAGGAGCCAAAAAGCUAGCCUUUCUAUAAAGUUAGGUCAUCCUCAAAUAAUUAUUCAAUAAACGAUCAUUUUCUAUGUCAUGCAGCUCUAAUUGUGAAUCACGUUGCCCUACAGAUGUUGCCAGUGUACACCUCCCAUCAAUCUGACCAUUUGCCACGCAAGCUGGGGCUGAUGGGGGAUAAUGUCUGGAGGGUCCCACCCACCCUGACUUACUGCCACAUUCAAAAUCACUCAUGGUUUGUCUCCCUUAGACAAACCAUAAGCAGUAAGCCAAGAACAAACAUUAGUUACAGUUUGUAUUAAUGAUGGACAUUACAGACUUGGUAAGCUAAAAUACAGUAAAUUAAACAAACAAAAAAUGUGGGAAGCAUAUUGCUAAAAACAUUAAGACAAGUAACAAACAUUUGUUUACACAAAUAAGAAGGAGCCAUGGAGGUAGUUGGGCUGUUCAGCAAUGAAGAAAUGGUAAAGGAAGACAGGAAGUUUACAUAAAAACUGAAUGAAUAUUUGUGUUGUCCACACUGUAAAACUAACUCAACUAGAAGUAACCAGAAAUGAAUGUCUAGGAUCCUUUCUCCUUGGUUACAGGUGUUAAUUUCCUAUGUUAAUUUUUUCAUUUGAAAAUAAAAAAACAAUUACUUUAUAGUGCUUGCUUUUGUUUAUUCACAUUUAACACCCUUCUAUACCUCAGGGGUGCCAUAGAAUGUUCAUAAUUUGUUCAUAAUGUUCAUUUACCUUUUGAAAUUGUGAUCUAUCAACUGUUUAAAAAUGCAUUCUUCCUUUUUAGCUGGCUGUGAAAAACAUACCAACUGUAGUUCCUGCAUUAGUAGUACUGACAAAUCUGGAAUAAACUGCACCUGGAUUUUUUGCAACGGUAAAUGGAAUUAUUUUGAAUUGUAAUACCUAAGAGUAGUUAAGUAUGUUUGCUUUUUCUGGCUUAAUAGUGGUUGGCACUUAUUGAGGUGUGAAACCUGGACUUAUCAUUUUUGAGCCAAACUGCAUGCUAAUAAGCCCACCCUCUGUUGACACUGCCACACUCAGAGGCUGUCUUCAGUUGAGGAAAAAGAUGCAUAUCUGUGUAGUUUGUCCUUUGGGCUGUAAGCUGGGGUUCAGGCUUUUUAUUUGGGGAAGGGAAAUUUUCUGAGCAAGCGACAGGCUCGCUAUUGGAAGUGGGGCAAAGUACACAGUGGAGUAAAAAACUGCAACCAGAGAAAGCCAUGGGUGUUGAAAAAAUGAGGUGGGGGAAAGUAGGAGGGUUUGAGGCUGAAAUAUCAGGGAGUUGAGGAGGCACAGGGCUGCUGGGUCUUGAAACAUGAACCUGGCAGCUGCUGUUUGUUUAAAGUUGCAUGGAAGGUUUUGUCAAUUGGGGCUUUUACUACUGCUGCCCCACAGAACCUUAUAACCCUAAGGCAUGGGUCGGCAAACUUUAAGGGCCGGAUCCAGUCCAAUUGCCUACUGGAUCCGGCUCGCGGGCGGUCUGGGAAUCGGCGUGGGGAUUCUGAUUGUUCGGGCUGCGACAUUUCUCCCCCCCCCCCCACACCGCGGCGGCACUUCCUCCCUCCCUCCUCCUGGUCUUCUCCUGCCUAGAGGAAGGGGGCUGGGCUUUGUUGAGCCGCGGUUGGCUGAGCGCCAUUUUAAGCAGCUCCUCUCCGGAGCCAGCCCUUUCACGCCACUCAUUGUCUCUCCGCUGCUGCCAGCUUCUGCCGCUUGCAGGGCGCAGGUAAGCGGCCACCAGGGCUCGUCUGGUGCUGUGGAGAAGGGAGGGGAGAGUCGGGGGGAUUUCCCCCCCCCCAUAAAAUAUAGUCCAGCCCCCCACAAGGUCUGAGGGACAGUGGACCGGCUCCCUGUGAAAAAAGUUUGCUGACCUCUGCCCUAAGGGGUCAAUGAGGACCAAGAAGCAGGAGCAUGAUAAAUUUCUUUUGAAUUUUACAUACUGACCAGCUCAUUUCUCAGCUUCUGGUUUUUCUUUGGUGUGUGUACUCUGCUUGGUGAAAUACAGUCAAACCUCAGUUCCCAAACGGCCUUGUUUGCGAAUGUUUUCGCUCCCGAAUGCCGAAAACCUGGAAGUAAAUACUCUGGUUUUCGAACAUUUUUUGGAAACUGAACGUCCAACGCGGCUUCCACUUGAGUGCAGGAAGCUAUUGCAACCAAUCAGAAGCUGUGCCUCUGUUGUCGAACGUUUCAGAAGCUGAACAGGCUUCCGGAACAGAUUACGUUUGACAACUGAGGUUUGACUAGUAGGUCCACCUCUCGCCGGCCUGUGAAAAUCUAAGGUCUUGAAACAUUUGGUUACUUAUAGGCUCUGUUAUAUAUAUGCAUGGGGUUGUGUGUAAGUAAACAGGGUUCCCCCCAAGUUUUCCAAGUAGCAGCGCACUAACUUUACACCGUAGCUCACGAAAAUAAGUUCCACUGUGUAUACAGACAUGUGUAUUUUACCUACAUGUGUUUAGUGAAACCAAUGCCCUUAUGUAUAGAAUUUUUGACCAGGCGCAGACUUGUAUUGUGGAGCUUUUCAGAGGUUAAGGGACAAACAUAAAGAAGAAUCUUUGUGACACUUCUUAAUUUUCCAGAGUUCUGGAACUCUCAGUAUAUUGGUUGGUGAACUGCUCUGUGCUAAAAUAACACCUCUGCUAAACCAAGGAGUAGAUAGUACCUAGGAGUAGAUAAUACCUAAAUGGCAAUGUCACAAGCACCACAAGUGAAGCUAAUUUAGCAGCUGUAUAGCUUUUCUAGGACAAUGAAGAUAAAUGUUUCUAAUGGAAACUUGUAGCCAAAAUAUUGCAUUGAAUGUUUCACUCUUGGAAAACUAAACUGAGAAUUCUUCCUCAAUCUUCUUUUUCUGUAAGGUUCUUUGUCCUACUGUACAAAUGCAACGGAAAGUGAUAACUGUACGUCUACUUUUAGAAAUGAAACUUGUUCAGGUAAAUAUUUACUACUACACUUGUGAUGUAAAAUCAAUUCGUUGUUUAGGAUCCAUGCAGUUGGGAAUGUUAAAGUCUCCAAAGCUGGAGUUGCCAGUGCAGCACUUGCAGGCGCACAUACAUCCAAUGAAACCUUCAUUGACUUCCACAGCAUCCCCAUUUCCUCUUCUAUUGGGUAUAUUACCCCCCCCACCAUAAUUAGAUUUCAAAAUUUGGUCUUAAUAGAAAGCUUUUCUCAAGCCUCAUUAUUGUGGGAGUAUAUGUGGAUGAUCAUCCUGGAGAAUGUUGCUGGGGAAGGAACUUAAAGCUUUCCCCCUCUAGCUGCACAUUCCAGGAAGAUCUGUUUCCCCACUCCUAAAUUAGGUGGGGCGGGGAUGGAAGCUGAAACACUUUUUUCAAGCUGUAUUGCUGGUGGAACAUACGUGUGUGGGACUCAUGGGUUUCUCAGUGUGCCCACUGCCCCAUAAAUGUUGAUGAUCCCUGACCCAAGGCCACAGGAGAGGUUAUUAUUGCUGCUGCACAGAUCUGCCACACCUGGGACAAUGGAAGAAGUUAGGUAAAAGGUCCAGUGGAAGAGCAGGAUAGGAGGUGUAGAGGUUUUUAAACAUGGGUUUCUUGGAUGUAAUCUGGCAAAUUACCUUUUAUUUAAUUAUUCCCCCACCAGUAUUGAAUAAUUAGCACUUGAACGGAUAGCAGAAGCUAUUUUCUGUCCCUAUGGUAAAACAGUUGGGGAAGUGUAAUUUCACUUAGGUUGUAUGCGAAUAUCUUCAGACAGGAGUAACUAUUGCAUGCCACCAACAAUAUUGAUCAGCUCUUGUCUAUUGCAAGAAUUGGACAGCUGUCAAACAGUAAGUGCUGUAGUAGUUCACCCUUUCUCUUUCAUUUCACUACAAGUAGAUUCUCAUGGAUAACAUGGCUGUCCACUGCUUCAGGUAGUGGUGAGUGUGCAAUAGCAAAUUGAUGUCGUGUGUCUAUCCAAAUAGGAGGAGUUUGGAAACAUAGGAUCCUCCCUUUUAUUGAGUCAUACCAUUGAUCUAUCUAGCUCAGGAUUGUUCACUGACUGGCUGUGACUCUUAGGGUUUCAGAAAGUAUUCUUUUACAGCUUUAACUGAAGGUGCUAGGGAUUCAAAAGGGACCUUUUGCAUGCAAAGCAUGUGCUCUUACUGUACCACAGUUGAGGACCUUUUAACUGAGCCACGAUGAAAAUGCUUCUUGAAAUAAGAAGAAAGUGAAUAAUUGCAUCACUUUAGGUAUAGGCUUGGUGCUUUGUUUGUUUUUUAGGAUGGGCUGUAUCUGAGGGAUGUUAAUUUGCUAGUGAAACAUCUAUUUUUUUAAUAUUUGCCCCACCAUAGUAGGAUGCCACGUGUAGGUAGAGCAGCUGUUUUUAAGACCAGCGGGCACACUUUAAAUAUUGAGAGAAUGCUGUGGUUGACAAGGCACAGUCAUUGUUUCUUCCCAGCGUCCCGCUUCAUGUUUACCAGGGGAAGUCAGUGAUGUUCUGCUGGUCCUGAUCAUGGAGAUACAGUAGUUCAAGACACAAAACCCUUUCCCCACUCGAUGCCAUUCAUAAACCAAAGCCUAGGUUGUAGUAAGGCCCAUUAUACACAAAGAGACUUAAUUGUGAAGUAGACAUGUAUAUUAUUGUACUGUUAGUGUGAAUUCUUAAUGAGUGCCUGGCUCUCUUAAGGCACUCUUAAUGAGUGCCUUAAUGAGUGCAUGCACACGAAAGCUUAUACCAAGAACAAACUUAGUUGGUCUCUAAGGUGCUACUGGACAAUAUAGAAAGGUAGGGAGACAGACAGACAGACUGUGUCAGACCGACUGUGUCAGACCAACACGGCUACCUACCUGAAUCCACCUGCAUGUGAUUGUGCAGUAGUAUGUGCAGAAAAUAAUUUAUGGGUGGGUACCUAAUCUCAGAAGAAUUCACCACAGUAAAGAUGUAAGCUGAAGGGCGAAAGUCAACGUUUGGGGCCAGUUACAAUUGUAAUUGUAUGAUCUGUUCUCCAUCACAGCCUCGGAUGUAUCUUGGGAACAGAGGUGGCUAUUGAUAACAUUAGUACCUCUUAUAGCAUAAUCCACAUCUCCUUGGAAUUAAGAGCUAUUGAAUUCAAUGGAGCUUCUUCACAUGUAAAUGGGGUUAAGAUUGUAGCCUCAGUGUUUAAAUAUUCUGUUUUCUGCUUCAUAUUUUUGUUUUUUUUAGUUCCUCCUAAGCCUACCACAGUUGCACCUACCACAGCCAACACUUCUACCCCAGGUAACAAACUUUUGUGCAUUAAUAAGUAAACAAGUAUAAAGGUUUCACCUGUAAUAAGGUUUCCAGGAUUACUUUGGGAAAAUCAGAAAUGAGAGCUCGUGGUUUUAUCCAGUUUCUUGAAAUGGCUUAAUCACUAUAAAGGACAGGCAAGUAGUAGUAGUAGUAGUAGUAGUAGUAGUAGUAGUAGUAAUAUAUUAUUUAUACCCCACCCAUCUGGCUGGGUUUCCCCAGCCACUCUGGGCGGCUUCCAACACAAUAUUAAAAUACAGUAAUGCAUCAAACAUUAAAAGCAUCCUUAAACAGGGCUGCCUUUAGAUGUCUGGUAGUUAUUGUUCUCUUUGACAUCUGUUGGGAGGGUGGGUGCCACUACUGAGGAGACCCUCUGCCUGGUUCCCUGUAACUUGGCUUCUCACAGCGAGGGAACCGCCAGAAGGCCCUCGGCGCUGGACCUCAGUGUCUGGGUAGAACGAUGGGGAUGGAGAUGCUCCUACCAGUACUAUGAGUUGCAGGCCAGAAUACUGAUAAUUUCCUGUCCUUUACUGAAUUGUCUUUGAUCACUAAGGUAGAUGAUACAAUUUAUUGAUGGGAGAAAAACGUGUAUUGAGAAUUCAUGUUAGUGAAGAGCAUGUAGUAGAAUUAGCCAAGAAAAAAUUUGAAUGCACAGGGGAGUGACUACAUGUACACUUCCUCUACAUGCAUACUUCCAUGUUUCUUUCAUUCUCUUCUGGAAUGUCAAGAAUCGACAUUAUUGUAUAUAUGGCAGGAGGUUCCUGGGAUCUGUGCUAAAAUGAUUUCUACUUGUCUGGUUUUGUUAAUUGUCCACUUUGUUGGGGACCUAGCUUUUUACAUAACGUCAGUAAUGUUUUCCCUAAUGUGUUUAAUUUUUGAUUCUUGAAUUAUAUUGUAUAGAUUUCAGAUAAUCUCAUAAUUUGAAAAAAAAAUGCCUUCAAAAUGGAGGAAAUGACUUUUUAAAACUACUACCAAUUUUUCUAUCCAUGCAUAAAUAUUUUCCAUUGAUAAUUAUUACUGUGAAAUGCAUCUAACAGUGCCUUUGUUCUGCAAUCAUUUGCUCAACUUGUAAGAUUAAAAUAGUUAUUUAAAGCUGGUUCCAAGAUGUGGUAUUUUCUUUGAAACAGGUCCUACACAUAACGCAACUGCACCAGCCAAACCUACUUCUGCCAGACCUACUACUUCUAAUAGUACAAUAGUUACACCUGCUGCUAGCAACACAACUUCUACACCAGGUAAUAUUUGAUUUAUAGCAAGAUUAAAAUCAGUCAUGUCACAGAGACAUUAGCAUCUCUCUCGCAUGCACAUACAUACAGCUCUCAAUCAUGUGCACUCAAAGCAUACUUGUGCAUGAAUGUAGACAUAUUCAGAAAAACCCCUCCGUUGGUGAAGGAAGUGCCUCUUGUUUAAAAAUAAUAAUCAAAAAUAUUAUUAUUUUUGGUGGGGGGGAUCCAAGUGGUAGGAAUCCAAGACAUUAGGGCCACCAACCUGGUGCUCGGUGGUGAUCCAUGCAUUAAAGAAUAGCUUUCUAAAUUUGCACAGCUUAUCACUAGUAACUCUACUUCUUUCAUUUGACAGGCUCAGCUUCUCCCCAACCAACUUCCAAACCAUCUCCACACAAAUCCACCUUUGAUGCUGCCAGUUUCAUUGGUGGUAUCGUCCUAGUGCUGGGACUGCAAGCAGUAAUAUUCUUUCUCUACAAAUUUUGCAAGUCCAAAGAACAAAACUAUCAUACCCUCUAGAAUACGUUGCUUUUAAGUGGACUUUACAAGGUCAACAUUUGUGGUUAGCUGCACCAAAAUAUCUUUAUUCCUUAUAGAAGACAGCAAUUCAAAAUACUCUUAUUCUUCAAGACUUUUUUAAAAAAAGAAAAUGUUUCUGCAACAUGCUUGGAAGAAGGUUGUAAGAAUCAUGUUUUGCUCUGCAAGAAUACUUGCAAUAUUGUGCAUGAAUCCUCAUUGGCUGUCUGAAAUUUCUUUAGUGGCUGCUGCUGUGAAACCGUUUCUUUUAUCUGACAUGCCAAAUGUAGACUUUAAUAGUAACUAUAUUCAUUGGCAGCAGUGUUCUUGAUAUAUAACUUUAUGAUUGCAAUUGAUAAGUUAGCCUUAAAUGCAGUGCCCCCUACAUUAUUAUUAUAAUUAUUAUUAUUACUAUUAAAAUGUGAAUUCCUGGUGACUUGGCAUAAAACACUAUGUGUGUGAAAACUGGCUUUUUAUAGUGUACUGCUAGGAGAUUGGGGCAAAUUUCUAGAACUAUGUUUUUUUUCUUAAGGAUUAUGGAAGCCCAUAUUUUUCUAUACUUGGUGUCAGAAGGAUAAUUGUUUUCUAAUGUAAGCGUAAGCAGCCAUAGGAAGAAUGAUAGUCAAAGAAUGCUAGUUCCUUGGUGCAUAAGGAAGAAAGACCAGUGCCUUAAUGAGUAGGUUGCAAACUGAAACGUUUGUGCCAUUUUAUUUGUUUGAGGUACAGUGAAUGUCAUUCCACUUGCAGCAAUUUCAUUCUAGUAGACACAUGAACUUGGGCAUUAUUUAUAUAUACUUGUCUUUAUAUAAGUUUUUGUGAAGACAGAUGUGGAAAGAAAACAGUGUAAGCAAUCUUCAUAUACUGUUCCUAAAGCCAUGUGUCUCUAGCCUUCAAAACACUUGCCUUGGAAAGUUCUAUUGACAUGCUUUACAUUUCAGAGCAGUACUUUCAGUAGACACAUUUUGUGAUUGCAAACCUACCAUAAUUCUGUAUGGAUUUGAGAGAAUAUUUGCUCUUAUAUCAAUGCAGUUUCCUUCCUUAAGUUUCAUAAAACACAGAUAGUCAUGGUGGAAGUAGGCAGCCCGAGCACUUGGAGCUAUGUAAGUUUUUGAUAAUUGUCAAAAUAGACUGCUAAUUCUUGUUUUGCAGGUUAUAUGGCAAGCAUAGUUUAAAUGCCAGAAAUGCAACAUUAAGUGAUGCUUUUGGAUUAGCUCUAUUGCUUGCUUGAUUUUAAGCUGCUGAUGAUAAGUCUGGGUUUAUGGCUUAUUGCUAAAUUUUACUGCAUUUUAAUUGCUCAACUUCUCUAGCCCUUGUAGCUAAUAGUAUUCACUUCAAUAAUGUUGCAUAGAAAGUUUAUUCAUAAUAAUACUUAGCAAACAGUACUGUAACUUUCAGGCAACUGCACUCCUAAAAGACAAUCAGCUCAGGUGUAUGAAAUGGUAAAUUGAUCAGCCAAUUUUCAGCAAGCAACACAUCUGUAGUAGGUGGUAUUUAAUGGCCUUAAGCUGUAUAGUCCAUUGUUUAACAUAAUUCCCCAUCUCUUUUAGCUUCAUAAAUUUAGAUAAAAUCUUAGAAUAUAUUCUAAACCUUAAGCAUAAUUAAAGCACUUCUAAACAGUGACAGUUUAAAAAAAGCCUCUUUGCACUCUAAAGCUGUAAUAAGCUUAUGCUUAGUGGUGAGACUUAGAAAUUAUUUCUAGUUAGUGUUGCUUCCUUACUGGCUCUUGAAUGGCUACGUCUUGUAAACUUGUAGCAGAAGAUUUCAAGACUAACAGUGCAACUUGCAGUUCCAGAAUUGAAAUUUGAGCCAAUUUUAUUACUGAGCCAAGAGUAAGUGCUGUUUAAAACACCACUAAAUAGUCAUGUAUUCUGUGCUGAUGUUAACAUUAUGAAUCUUUCAAGUGCCUUAAAUUUUAUUACUGUCAGCUACAUGUCUGUUGAAGGAAUGUGGGGAGAGGAAUUUUAGUCACUAGUCUUGCCCCAUUGCCAGCAAUUGUUCUUUUCCAAUGACUUUAGGAAAUUCAGGUCUCACUGCUACUCUUCAGGAAGUCUGCAUUUUCUACUUGGUUGGGGUAUAGGCGUGUACCAGGUCUUUAAGACAUUUCUAAUAUCUUCAUGCAGUGGCAUAUUUGAUUUUCUAGACCCAAGCUUUAUCACUAACUUACCAAACCUUGGCUAAGACUGUGAGGGUGAGCCCUCUUACCUUCUAUAGCUAGAUCAGUGACAGUUGUUGUUUUUCUGGUAGUGACAUUAACCUGACUACGUACAAAUUAGGUAAACUAAUAGAUUUUCACAGCUUCUGUCUGCUUUUUGGAGUAUAUACAUAGGGUUUUGGUUUUUUUUAACCACCCCUGUCUGUGAAAUAGACUUUUAAGGCAGUGAAUUGUGACUUCCAAGCUCUUAAUACAGAUUUUCCCUAAAAUUUAACACCUGCAAGUAUGUUGCAUCUAGAAUGGAAUGUUAUAGACAUUACUGUACUGCAUAUGUGUGUUGUCUUCAUUGGAAGAAAAUGCAAAAUAAUUAAUCACAAAACCAAAAUAAAUCAUUUAUUAAACUGUUUCUGUUCGUCUGCCUAUCUUUUUCUCCUCCCCAAAAAAUCCAGCUUGUUCUGGGCCAUAAAAAGCAAUGUGUGUUGUACAUGGCCUCUCCAUUUGCCAAAGUAAAUUUCAAGUGGUGAGGAUUGUUGGGUAAUCCAGCAGAUCUCUCAUUUAAAGCUCUUUGUCAAAGACAAAAAUAAAAUUGAAAGUAUACAGAUGUAGCUUGUCAUACUAUGAAAUAAUUUUAUAAAAACACAAAUCAGCUACAUAAUUGCUUUGCAGAAUUUGGUCAAAGUCAUGCAAAUGCACCAUGGCCAGCCAAAUAAGCUUGUUGCCAUAAACACAUAUUGUGAUAGUGCAUUCCUUAUAUAUUUGUUUGAAUAAAGGCUUUCAGUUGCCUGUCCUGAAUCUGCUUCACCAGUUAAUAACCUCACGUCAUCAGAUUUUUGGCACUAGAAAAUCUGGUGGGAAAGUGGCUUAUUAAAAGUUAUGGAUAACUAUAAGCAAAUUAAAACAUCCCAUUUUUGAGCAUGACCAGAGUUCUCAAGCAAGACUGCUUUGUACUUUAUCGUGGAAUCAAACCAACAAGUAACUCUUCAAAGAAGCAGUAGAAGCUUAUUUUUCAGAUGUCUUCUGUCCACAAAACUGCACAGGUGACAUAGAAGAGUUUUCUGUAAGAGCUGGCAAGAGAACAUCUAUCACGCUAUUUCUCCACCCACAAGGUACCUUUAAAUAUAAAUAAAAACUGUUGUAAUUCUCAUCUGUUUCACCUUGAAUAGUCAAAAUUUCAUUCAUUGGGGGGGGGGGGUAGAUUGCUUAACUGCUGUGGGCCAAAAGUUUAUUGUACAGGAGGAAUUCCCUGAGAAGCAUGAAUGAAGAGUUAAUCUAAUAUCACUGUUUUAUAAAGCAAGUCCUCAGUAUAGCUUGCUUAACGUCUCUACAACCCAAUUGUCACUGUCUUGCAUUAGAGAUUCAUACUAACAUUGCUCCCCAAAUACUUCGCUACUCACCGUUUUGGGCCUCUGAAUCUUUUCUGGUUUUAUAUUGCUGCUACCCACAGAGUCAGCAACCAAAAGCUGCUGCCUGAAGUCCUUGGUUAACGUGAAUGUUGAAAUGCCUGUAUUCUGGCUCCAUGAAGCAGAGCCUGGAACAUAAUGUUAAAUAAUGUCAUUUAAGUGCUGCCUUUGUGGAACUGUUCUAGAACAUGCUUUUGUGUGCAAACACUGCUGACACUGUAUUCCUUGGUAAUACAUGCUGUUGACACUAUUGUUUUGUAAAGGAGAGAUUUCCAUUUUUCUACAAUAUUCUCACAGUCAAUGGUUAACAGUUAAAAUGUGAAUGAUCUUUGAUGCAGUCCCAAUAAAUGGUCUGAUAACAAU